ACUAUUCUGCAUUAAGCACGUUGCACUUCAUGAACUCGGUUCAACAUGGGAGACAUUUAUCAGAUUCGGGUUGUUGGUUUUAAGGGAGAAACAAAAACUAUCGACGUUGCCACCGCGGAAGAUGAGUUCAACAAAACAACUGUUUCGGCUUUCAAAGAAAAGCUUAUAGUGAAAUUUCCGGAGCUUAAAGGUGCGCAGUUCAGAAUGAUGUUCACUGAGAUCCAGCUUGAAGACAGCGACACUUUCUCCAUGCGCAAGAUCCAGAACAAAUCCACAAUCUUCCUGAUCAUCCGGAUGCCAGGAGGAGGAGGAGGAGAAAGAAUUCCGCCAGGUGAAGACUGGAGUCGGAUACACAACCUGGACUGAACAUUCAUGCAGAGACUUUAAAUUAUAACCUUUUCUUUCUUGUUAGCAUAGAGAACAGUACAAAAAUAAAAUGCCUUCACGUAAAUAAAGUUUAUCUCCUA